AUGGAGUUUUCAUUACCCAAAAAGAACUUUCCGUUGAAUCACAGAGACUACACUUUGUACGAGGAAGUUGGUCAGGGUGUGAGUGCCAUUGUCUACAGAGCUCUCUGCAUCCCACUUGAUGAGAUUGUUGCCAUCAAAGUAAUCGACUUGGAAAAGUGCAACAAUGACAUGGAUAUGAUUCGACGAGAAGUACAGACUAUGAUCUUGCUGGAUCAUCCUAAUUUAUUGAAAGCGCACUGCUCUUUCAUGGCUACUAGGAGUCUGUGGAUCGUUAUGCCUUACAUGGCCGCCGGAUCCUGUCUGCACAUCAUCAAGUCUGCUCAUCCCGAUGGUUUUGAAGAGCACACUAUCGUGACAUUGUUGCAUGGGGUUCUCAAGGCUCUUGCUUAUCUACAUUCCCACGGCCACAUUCACAGGGAUGUUAAGGCUGGAAAUAUACUGGUUAGUUCAAAAGGUGCAGUUAAGUUAGCAGACUUUGGCGUUUCAACAAGCUUGUUUGAUUCUGGCAAUAGACUACACUCAAGAAAAACUUUUGUCGGAACUCCAUGCUGGAUGGCUCCAGAAGUUAUGCAACAAUUGCAUGGUUACGAUUUCAAAGCAGAUAUUUGGUCUUUUGGGAUAACAGCACUAGAACUUGCUCAUGGUCAUGCUCCAUUCUCCAAGUAUCCACCAAUGAAGGUUUUGCUGAUGACCUUACAAAAUGCACCUCCUGGCCUUGACUAUGAAAGGGACAAGCGAUUUUCAAAGUCCUUCAAAGAGAUAGUAGCUGCUUGCUUAGUGAAGGAUCAAAAGAAGCGUCCUACAGCAGAGAAGCUUUUAAAGCACCGUUUCUUCAAGAAUGCCCGUUCUAAGGAAUUUAUAGUUCGGACAAUUCUUGAUGGCCUUCGUCCCCUUGGUGAUCGUUUUAGGAUGUUGAAGCAAAAAGAGGCUGAAUUGUUCGGACAAAAUGGUGAAGAGCUUUUAUCGCAGCAAGAGUAUAUACGAGGGAUCAGCGCAUGGAAUUUUGACAUAGAGGACUUGAAAAGACAGGCUGUUCUUAUUCAGGAUGAUGAUGGCAUCACAAUUGCAGAAAAUCAAGAGUGGAUCUGCAAACAGAAGGGUGGAUUUGAUAUCUCAGUUGAUAUAUUAAAGAGAUCCAUCCAGGACAUGCCAAACGGCUUUACUAGAUCACAUUUUGGGGAAUCAGUAGAUUCUGUAAACGGUCCAGCAGCUUGCGUCGUUCCUGCACUUCAUCGCAUUCUGCAGCAAAAUGCCAUGCAAAUGGAACAAGCAAUGAGAUUGAUUGAAGUUUUCUAUCAAACCACAGGCAAUCACACGGAGUUCCCAGAGGCAGUAAGGCAGAUGCAGUUGUCUUUGGCAUCUGCAAGGGAGAAAGUCCUAGAAGCUCAUGUGAUUUCUCUUGAAAAGAGGAUUAAGAAACUAGUUGACGAGUUGCAGAUACAAAAGAUAAAAAAUGCCAAGCUGGAGAGACAACUAAGUCAGAUUGACAAGAAGUAG